AUGGCUCCCUCUCACCGUCGUGGACCUUGGGUCCCCGAAGAAGACCAGCUGCUGCUUCAACUCGUUCGUGAACAGGGCCCCAACAACUGGGUUCGCAUCUCCCAGCACAUGCACUACCGUUCGCCCAAGCAAUGUCGAGAACGCUUCCACCAAAACCUGAAGCCCUCGCUCAACCGGGAGCCCAUCUCCUCCGACGAGGGGAUGAUGAUCGAACGCAUGGUGAACGAAAUGGGCAAGCGCUGGGCUGAAAUUGCCCGCCGGCUGGGGAACCGCAGCGACAACGCCGUCAAGAACUGGUGGAACGGCAGCAUGAACCGCAAACGCCGCGGUCUCUCCACGCCAACCGCCUCUCGCACCUUCGGCGGCCGCAUCGAAGCACCCUAUGCGCGCGCCUCCGUCGUGAGCCCCUCCCGGCCACGAUUCAGCACUCGCCCUUGGGCCGACUCCGAGUCCAGCUCCAAGACCUUUUCCCACUCGCGCCGCGAGUCCGUUUCCACCACCCGCCAACUCUCUCCCAUCUAUACUCUGCCUUCUAUCAACCGCCCCAUCGAAGCACCCUUGACUUCUCCCGCCUUCUCGGAGGUCUCCAAUGCCACCUCGAUCGAACCGCCCUCCAUGGUCUCCGACCACAACUCCGUCUGCUCCUCUUCUCCCCGCACGCUCCCGUCACCGCAGAUGCUUCCUCUGCCCGUGGUCUCACAGUACGAGGCCCGGCGCCCGAGUACAUCCGUCCAAGUAGUGGAUGAUUCCCCCAGCUACCCGGCUCGCUCGCUCGAGUCCUUCUCCGACAUUGCCUCCAAGCGGCGAUGGAUGGAGCAUCAGCCGACUUUGGCUUCAUGGCACCAGUCCACGGAUCUGUCCAAGCCCUGGUCAAGGCCGGAGCCGGAGCCGGGGCUCGCCCGUGAUACGCGGAUGGGAGUGAACAACCUGCUCAACUAG